UCUUGGCGUUUUCUGUAAUUAGCUAGCUACCUAGAUGCAUGUAUCUGCUGAUGACAGAUCGUCUUUAAAUUAAAUUUCAUAUUUUAAAAGAAACGACGCGAAGAUGUUCAACAGAAAUGCUAGUAUAUGGAUGGGCGAUCUGGAGCCAUACAUGGAUGAGGAUUUCAUUAAAGAAGCCUUCAAUUCCAUGGGAGAGACAGCACGUGGCGUUAAAAUCAUUUGCCACAGAGUAACUGGUGGUCCGGCUGGCUAUUGCUUUGUGGAAUUAGAAGAUGAAGCUAGCGUUGACCGUUGCGUUCUAAGGCUUAAUGGGAAGUUGGUUCCUGCAUCAAAUCCACCCCGAAAGUUUAAGUUAAACUAUGCCACACAUGGGAAGAGGCCAGAUGGAGGGCCAGAGUAUUCUGUUUUUGUUGGUGACCUCAGUUCAGAAGUGGAUGACUUUCAACUUUACGACUUCUUUGUGAAGAAAUACCCCUCGUGCAAAGGAGGGAAAGUGGUCACAGACGUAUAUGGGAACUCUAGAGGUUACGGCUUUGUCAAAUUCGGGGAUGAAAGGGAGCAGAAGAAAGCCCUUGAGGAGUGUCAGAACACCAAGGGUCUUGGAGGGAAACCCGUCAGAAUCAGCAUAGCUGUGAACAAAAGCAACAAGACGAAUAAUUAUCACCAAAACCAGAGCUACAACAACUACCAGCAGCAAUACUACCAACAACCGUAUCCGCAGAACUACUACCCCCAGUGGGGAUAUGAUCCUUACAACAGUUACAACUAUGGGUACGGAUCCUAUGGACACCCUCCCCCAGGCCCGGGAAUAAUGUACCCACCCCCACCACUGGACAUGCCCCCUCCUCCCACCUUCACACAGGAGUCCACCGAGUUCCAGCCAGCACAAGAAUCCACAGAAGAUGCAGAGGAAGAAGUCAUUGAAGAGCCGAGCCCUCAGCUGGAUGUGGACGCGCUGAACCGGCAGUACAUGGAGCGCAGCGAGGAGCUGUACGACUCGCUCAUGGACUGUCACUGGCAGCCCUUGGACUGUGUCACCUCCGAGAUCCCCGCUUCGUCGGGCCGCUGAGCCUCCUCUGCAGGGGACUGGACUCUCAGCGCACUGCCUCUCACUCCCCACACUCAGCGUACACGACACGCCCUGCGUACACUUCCACGUGGCUUUUGCGGAUAUAUCAUUUAAUACAGCUCUUUGACGAAGGGUCUUCUUACUGUGAAUGGAUUCUGUAUUUAAUUUUGUGUGUCUCAUUCAUGGAAGUGCCCGUUUCUGGCUCGUUGGGCUGUUUCGAGGGCAGGUGGGUGUUGUAUUUAUGUUAAGGGACUUCGUGUUAGCUGCCUUCGUGUUUGGGCUUUCUGCUGUGCAGCACUUGCCCGGCUUCUGAAGGCGUCCGUCCAUGAAGUAACCAGUCCGUAGUGCACUGUUGGAUUCAGAACGUGAAGGCAUUUUUUAAAUCCGCCAUGACCGUGUCUGAACUGCCAUAAUGUACCACUCUAAAACGUCUGCCUUUUGUGAAAUUACAACAGUAACGAUAGAUAUGUCGGUACCUUCCAGUUGAAUUUUAUUCUGUGGUUCUGUUAAUCGUUCUUGGCUUUUGAAAUGCUAGGAACAGAUACAGCACUCCAUAGCGUUACAGAAUAAUUUCAUUUCCAAAUGAUUAUUGGGUGUCGCAAUAAGGAGGUACUGACAUGGGUUGUACUCUAUGCAGUACAAUAUCUGUUGUAAUUGCAGGUGUUUAGAAAAAUGUCAAGUCUACCAGGGCAGAAACAAAUGUGAACAAAUUGUGAAACAUUAGUGUAAGACUGUUUUGGACUUCCAUGAUACCAUUCUCUACUUGUUUAAUACAGAAGUUUCAGAAUUCAUAUUGAACAACACCUAUGUUAAUGCAGACACAAUGCACAAAUUGUAGUAAUUUUUAAUAAAGUUGUUGUUGAGCUUUAUGAUAUCUGUUGGAUGGGGGAGGAAUUAAAAUGGUGGAAAAUUGUA